AUGAGAAUCGUACUUAUCGGAGAAACACCGCUAGUGUUCAAUUUAGAUGAUAUACGACAACUUCGUCAACACGGUAUAGUCGGUGUAUUGUCUGGGACACUCCCAUCUCUUUCGCAACAAAAUGUGUUCUUAUCGGUCCCGUUGCGACUCAUGAUGGAAGAAUUACUAUGGCUACUUUGGGACUCACCGUUGGACGUAAACGUUGUUGGUGGUGGAUUACCGCACUUUUCCAAAGAUGUGAAAAGCGGUCAAAUCCAUGGGCAACAAUCUGCUUUAAGGGUACAGGAAUCUUUUGAGCAACAGCGGUUGCAAAGAUGGGAAAACCAUGUUAGGAAAUUACGACUCAUUGGUGUCGAACCCCAACCGGGAGAUUCAAACCUUUUAGAAGGGUCGCUUUUCAUGCAGACACACGAUUCCAGAAAAGAUGACGUAAAAUCGGAACAUACUUCCUCUGAAUUAAAUCCUACCGCCGAUCAAAUUCGUCAUUACAAAUUGUAUCGAAAAUUACGACAAAUGGGAUUCACCGUGCACCCCGGCGGCAGGUUCGGCGGAAAAUACGUUGUCUAUCCCGGAGACCCGCUAAGGUUCCAUUCUCAUGUAGUCAUCAGUGAGCCCCUAGAAGAUGACGAACCUUUGGACUUCCUACAAAUGGUCGCAGGCGCUCGUUUGGCCACUACUGUGAAGAAAAGCUACGUGGCCAGCUGUGUGGAGGCAAAGGGAGAAGAAGAAGCGAGGUUCUAUUCUUUCGAAUGGGCCGGCUUCGGUUAG